GAGCUGUCUUGACAAAUGCCCUGGUCCAUAUUGUACACAAUCGGUGAUGUGUCUUAUCCUCAGGGCCCACCUGGAAACGCUGGCAUUGAUGGGGUUGUUGGCAAGAUGGGACCCCCAGGGGAUCAAGGACCAUUUGGAGCAGCAGGGAUCAGUGGACCCCCUGGAUAUAAAGGGCGGGAAGGAGCAGCUGGACCUGAUGGACCCACCGGACAGACGGGGGAAAAGGGUGAAGUGGGUCCAUUGGGCGGUGUUGGUGUCACUGGGCUGGAUGGCGAGCAGGGUGAACCUGGAAGUGUGGGUGAAGAAGGACAUGUUGGAUUAAAGGGGGCCCAGGGUGAUCGUGGAGACCUGGGAAUUCCUGGUCCUGAAGGAAUUAAAGGAGAACAAGGAGAUGAAGGAUUACCAGGACCUCCAGGAGAGAGGGGCGAGCCAGGAAUACAGGGAGAAGUUGGGACCAAAGGUGAUGAAGGAGAUCUUGGGCUAACAGGACAAAAGGGAGUCAUUGGGUCAGUUGGCCCACCCGCUACUUUCGGGUCCAUUGGGGCUACAGGAGAGGCAGGCAGACCAGGGCCGAAGGGACAAAAGGGAGAGCCUAAUCUGAUGGGGGCUGUCGGUUUAAUUGGCAUUCCAGGUCUAAUCGGAGACCGUGGGCAAACUGGUGAGAUGGGGAGGCCUGGAACACCUGGAGAAGAUGGCCCUCGAGGAGAAAAGGGUGAAUUUGGACCUGUUGGAAUUCCUGGACCAAGUGGUGGCACGGGACCAGAGGGGUUACCUGGUGAAAAAGGAGGUGCGGGAGACGCUGGCAACCCCGGAUCCGUUGGCCCAUCUGGUCCGGUGAGAUCGAGAGGUUCACCAGGCCCUAAAGGUGAAAUCGGACUGCAGGGAAUGAAGGGGGAGCGUGGUCUCGAGGGCAAUGCAGGGCCUCUGGGGCCAGAUGGAAUGCCUGGAGAUAGAGGAGCAGCAGGUGAUCCAGGGAUGGAGGGUUCCAUGGGUGAGCAAGGACCGCAGGGCAAAGCUGGACUUCCAGGCAAAACAGGUCCGGGAGGUCAACAAGGUUUUGAAGGCAGGACGGGGGUCAAAGGAGAAAAGGGGGACAGUGGGGUUGAUGGAGUUGCAGGAGACCCAGGGAAUCCCGGAAGAGCGGGGAGAAGAGGAAAGGCUGGACCAAGAGGACUACGGGGGAAAAAGGGCUUAAAGGGCCCAAGAGGUGACAGAGGACCAGCGGGCUUUCCUGGAUCAGUCGGAUCUUCUGGAAUUUCAGGAGUAAAUGGUAAAACAGGAAGGCCAAGGCUGAAGGGUCAGAAGGGAUCCGGAGGAGAUGCAGGAACAUCAGGACCUCGUGGAGACCCAGGCAAAAAGGGGAAACUGGGAACUGAAGGUUUACCAGGAUUAAUGGGCCGUAAGGGAGAGCAGGGGCAUCGUGGUCACCCUGGUGAUAUAGGAAGGCAAGGGUUCCCGGGUUUACUGGGUCAAAUUGGACUAAAAGGACCUGAAGGAUAUUCAGGAAGCCCAGGGGUAAAAGGCACUCAAGGACCUCCGGGUCCCCCUGGUCCUCCUGGUCUACCUGGGCCUUCACUAAAGAUUUCUGAAGAAGAAUUCCAGCUGCUUUUGAAUAAAGCGCGCAGUUUGGAUUCUAGAAGUAUAUGGAAGGCUAUGGAAACUCUGAACAUGGAGCUUCGGCAUAUUGUGGCCCCACCCACAGGAAGCAAGGACAACCCUGCCACAACGUGCAAGGAACUGCAGCUGUGCCAGCCACAGCUCCGUGACGGUUUCUAUUACAUUGAUCCCAAUCAGGGAUGUCCUUAUGAUGCACUGCUGGCCUUCUGCAAUUUCACAGCCAAUGGAGCCACAUGUCUGCCUACCAAGGAAAAUGAGGUACCUACAAAAGGAUGGUUCAAAGAAUAUUCAAAGGAAAAUACAUACCAGUGGUUCAGCUCUACAGAGGGGGGAUUUUUGUUUGACUAUCCUGGAGUCAGUAUCGUACAGCUUCGCUUUUUAAAACUUCACAGUACAUAUGCCAGCCAAAAAAUAACCUACAAAUGUAAUCCGGGCCUUAAUUCAUUCAGGAUGAACAUAAGUGAUCUAAGAACUAUUCAAUUCAUGGGUGACAAUCAAAAGAAAAUAUUCAAUGGACACAAAGGAUUCUCAAUCAAUUCUGAUGGAUGCUUGUUGAAUGACUCUGGGCCUCACAAAAUCGAGUUUGAAGUCACAACUGAUGAAGUCGACCUCCUACCUCUGAGGGAUUUGGCGGUGUUUAACAAUGGCGAUGAUACUCAUGAGUUUGGCUUUUCUGUUGGCCAAGUAUGUUUUUAUUAAUUAUUCAGCAGAAACCUCGGGGGAAGCCAAUGCAUCUCAAAAUCCCUGGACUACACCAGCCAAUCUGUAGACUUACAGGUGAACUUGGCAUUGCAAGAAAAGCACUUUUUCAAAAUAGUAAUCGUAAUUUUGUAAAGAUUACGUUUUCCUUUCAGAGACCCCCAUUAACCUUUUGGACUAUUAUCCUACUGAACAGUCAAAUGUUGUUUACAUUAAUGGUGCAACUUGAAAACAUCUGGUGCCAACUUCUGAAGCCUUUGCCACCACUUUACAUGUGUUGAACGGUGCAGAUUAAUGUUCAAAGCUGGAUUGCAGUGUGUUACUGUAUUCAAUUCUGCACCUAAAAUUAAUCUUUCAAAAUCAGUUCACAGUGCAUUAAUCUGACAGUUUACAAAAUAAUUUUCAGAAUUGUUUGUAUAAAGGACCUAUUCUAAUAUGUUCACAGCUGUGUAGAAGCAUUUCUCUUGCCAAAUAGUACUUUACUAUUUAUACAAGACCCAAACGUUAUUAUUUCAAAUAUUAACUAUAACUGGAAAAAAGAAACAACGUGCUGGAAUAACUCAGCAGGUCUUUACUUUAGACUUUAGAGAUACUGUGUGGAAACAGGCCCUUUGGCCCACAGUAUCCAUGCUGACCAACGAUUACCCAGUACACUAACACUAUCAUACACAUUGGGGACAAUUUACAGACCCAAUUAACCUACAAACCUGCACGCCUUUGGAAUGUGGGAGGAAAUUGGAGCACCCAGAGGAAACCCACGAAGUCGGGAUAGGGAGAAUGUACAAACUCCGUACAGCCAGCACCUGCAGUCAGGAUCAAACCAGAGUCUCUGCCACUGUAAGGUAUCAACCCUAAUGCUGCACCACUGUGCUGCCCUUUAUAAAAAAUAAAAAAUAAAAAUUAUUCCAGGAAAAGAAAUGCUUAUUUUUAACCCCAAAUGUCGCGUCUCCAUGUUCUCCAGAGAUGCUGCCUGACCUGCUGAGUCACUCCAGCAGUAUGCGUCUUACUUUUGCAAACCAGCAUCUGCAGUUCUUUGUGUUCUUUAAAUAUAACUGGUUCUUGACAAAAGUCAGUCAUUUCCAUGCGUGAUCCUGAGCCAUCAAACCCAUGUCUUUAUGAAUUGGUUGCAAAACCACACAGACUUCGAUAUUAGUUUGUGGGUUUGAAGCAAUUUUCCAAGUUUGAAGAUAAAUUACCAAACCUAUUCCUGUGAUAUUGUCACUAAUAUCAAAUGCUUUGAUCUUUUCGUUACACAUUUUGAGAUAAUUCAUAUUUGAACUGUUAAAAAUAUUUUUUAAUGAAAGAGUAUUUCAUUUCUGCAGCAGAUUUUACAGUUGACCUGUAGUGUGAAUGAAUAAUCUGUCAGAAGAGAAUGAUUUUGUUAUUUUUGCCAUGGAAAAAAGCUGACUUGCCCCUGUUUUAAAAAUCGUCCGUAUAAUCAGUAAAAUAUUAUAAAAACAUUUGUCAUUGUAUAUCAAAACAGAUGGAUUACUCAUACUCAGAUGUCUCUGUGGAAGAAAGACAACACUGUGCACAAAGCCUUUUUUGGCUUUACAUUUCGUGCACAUUGGCAAAUUUGUCUUAAUUAAAAAGGUUUUAUUUUAAUCGUUUAUGGUUUAGAUACCUACAAAUGUUAUACUUUGGAUCAUUUAGUUGUACAGUAAGAACAUUUAGAGCUCCCUCUGUAAUAUUGAUUAUGUACAGUGUACAGAAGGAUUGCUACAGUUAAGAUCAGAUAGGCCAUGCCUGGAAUUUUACCUGGCAAUGAACAUUUGUAUUUUUCAACAAUGGUAGAGUGGCUCUUAAUUUCUCAUUUAUUUUGUGUAAUGAUCCUUGUAAUUAUACCAUGAUUCUAAAUGAGUGAUAUGCUGGUCAUUUUUGCUAAUAAAAGUUUGUUUUAUGAAUAAA